CUGUCAAAACAUCUAACCUCGCAGGAGUGUAAAAGAGUUUUCAUAUAUUCCAGGAGAGUAGAAAGUUGCAGAAAAAUUGAGUCUAAGAAAAAUACAUUGCAGCUUUAACUUUGGUUGUAUACAGCCAGAGCAAUUUAUUUCUAGAUCGACUUCUUUUCAGUCUUUAUCUUCCAGUCAUUGCAAUCCUCGUAAACGUGUGUAUCUUUAGAACAAAUUAUGUUAGAAUUUGCAUACUUUCGCUUCCAAAACAUUUAUUUACUUUGGACUAUUUUGGACUAAGUGUUUCAUCAUUUAGGGAACUGUUUCGAGUAGCAUCAGGAAAAACGCUGCUCGUUCUUAUAACUUAAAACGCAGCAUCAAUAAUUUGUCUUGAAAAAUCCAUGGACAACAGGACGUUUAUGAGUUCCCUGAUCAUGCACCGGCAAGGUCGAAGUGCAUUUUUCACUGUGACAGCAUCGAGUGGUGGUUGGAAAAUUUACUUUUAAGUUUGUGUAUCUCCCUCCAACAGUGGAGUGCUGUGGAUUUGUCGAAUAAACAACACGUCAUCGUGCAGUAAAACUGAUUGCAGUCAAAAGGACACGGCUAGGUGACACCUAUGCACGACCUCACGUUAAAAUUAAUAUCACAAGCGUGCCCGUCCAAAAUUAUCGUGUGGCUGGAGUGUGAUUGUGGCAAUUACAGCAUUAUUGAUGAGGAGGAGCAGGUAGAAGAUGGCAAAAACGGUCGCUGAUCAGUUUCCCCGGCCCAGCCUGGAGCGGGAGUUCGCCGAGUCCACCAGCCUCCACGGCAUCGCCAAGGUCUUCCAAGCCAGUAGGCUCCUCGUCCGGGUCUUCUGGAUCGCCAUCUUGCUGACGUGCCUCUGCGUCUGCGCCUGGCAGAUCUCGGACCGGUUCCGUCGGUUCCUUCAGUACGAGACCAACACCGAGAUCUCGGUGGAGUACGUCGGGCACCUCUCCUUCCCAGCGGUCACCGUCUGCAACUUCAACAGAUACCGUGCAGGAGCGUUGACCCAGGACGAUGAAGACGUACUGGCCUACAUCUGGCAGCUAGACAACUACGAUUUUUACCAUGACUACUACGACGACGACGACGCAAUUGACGAGAUUGAUAGUCCGCACCCAGACUUCAACUACACCGAGUUCACGCUGCGGGCCGGCUUCCGCAUGGACGACGUGACUCUGCUCUCCUGCCAGUGGUACGGAGAGAGAAACAGCUGCUCCGAAGCGAAUUUUUCGCACGUGUUCACUUCCCAUGGUAAUUGCUGGACCUUCAACUCCGGUAAAACGGGCCCCAUUCUGACUGAGAGCUUUCCGGGUAGCAGAAACGGAUUAGCGAUGCUGAUCGACAUAAAACAGAGCGAGUACACCGAAACAGAGCAUGUGGACGCCGGUUUGAAGAUCCAAGUGCACGAUCAAGCAACCCCACCUACGGUCGAGUCAUCAGGGUUUGCUUUAUCGCCCGGCGAACACGCAUUUUUGGCUAUUCGAAGGCAACAGUAUUUAAAUCUUGAGCCUCCGUAUGGAAAAUGCGACGCCUCCCGUACGCUGAAGAGAUAUGACAACUACACCUUGGAAGGAUGCAACAUUGAGUGCAGAGCAAAGGCGGUUUGGGAAAAGUGCCGCUGUAGGCUAAUAGAACAUCCAGGAGAUGAAGUUGAAUGUACGCCCAAAGAAGCCAGGUUCUGCGCAAGGCAAGCUAUUGCUGAACUUUUACGCGGAGACACCCAAUCGUGCGAUUGUCCUGUUUCGUGUAACUACACAGCCUACACGACGUCGCUCUCGAGUGCGUUUAUACCAAACGAGAAAGCACUACAGAUAUCGUUGCUGUUCGCUAGCAACAUAUCCACCAGUUCCGAAAGCAGCGUGUCAUGGGCGAAGUCCGAAGGGGAGUACAUACGGAAAAACUUUGUCGCCGUACAAAUAUUUUAUGAGGACAUCAGCUACCAGAAGUUCAAACAGACAGAAGCUAUGACCACAUCAGCUUUGAUCAGUGACAUUGGCGGCCAACUGGGGCUCUUCCUCGGAGCAAGUUGCAUCACUUUGGCGGAGAUUUUCUCGUACCUCGGCAGGAAGAUAAAGCGUUGGAUUCACGGACCUACCGGACGACCUGAGGAACAAUGUGAAAUCACACACGCUGUAGAAACUCAGGUGUAAAUUUAGAACACGACUCAUCAGUGGCAUUCAGCGUGAGAAACUAGGGUGUUACUUGAAUACGGCUCUGUCGCAGCACCACCACCGAUUAGCAAAGUCUCUGGAUGCUUUGUGAGUCUUUCGUACUCCGUAAUUGACCUGGUCACAGAUUCAAGCAAAAAGGGGAUUUGGUAUACACGCACCAUAUUGUUGGUCAUCUGUUGGCUUAUCAAAUUAGUGUGCAACUUAAGUGCCAGGGCAGAGCCAAGGAGCACAAUAGAGCCAACGUAAAACACAGUUAUACAGCUUUGUGAUGUUCUUAGCCUAAUUAGAGAUCUAACAAUUACUUCCGCUUAUUUGAAUCCGACAAUUUUAUCGACGCAGAUGUCUCAGUUCCCCAGGUUGUUUACUGAGCUGAUUAUUUACUACUUAUUACUGCUAUGCCUCACUAACUGAGAAAACCUUGUUGACAGUUAGAAAUUCUUUUUCUUCAUUUGUUAUUUGAAGUUUUCGAGAUUAUAUGCUCGAAAAAAGAGGGAUGAUGGAACACUUUCUGCUCAAAUUCAAAGUCUUCAGAAGGUUUUAUGGCAGUUAUUUUUAUAAGAUCCUUAUCUACCAAAGAAAUAAACAACUAUUGCAAAAUAUUGUACCUUUGCCCAACAAGGUUUUAAUGGAAAAUAAAUUUUACGAGAAACAAAUCUAACGCACUCUCAGUACAUUAAAUUGGUGCGUUUACUCUGAAAUCCGCCAAAUAUAGUAGUUUAUACUCCAUUCAAUUUGAAUAGCCCCAGCCUUGUACACACUGUAAAAAAAAUCCAAUUAUGAAUGUGUCUUUGCUUGAAUUGUUGACAUGCUCCGUUAAAAAUAAAACACUGUUUUGGAAAUAAACAUUUUCGGUGUUCAAAUAGU